CUGGUAUGGUCUGGUCUGUUUUAGUCUGGUCUGGUCUGGAAUGCCGGCCUCUUCUCGGCUCCUCGGGUAUGGGGAGGCUGGAAUGCCUUCUUCUUCCCGGCUCCCCGGGUAUGGGGAGGCCGGAGGUCCACAGACGGCUGGUCAAGAGUCACAGCCUCGCCCCUUUGGGCAGAUCCCUCUGAUCCUUCCGAUGCAGGUCUGCCCUGGGCACUUCGCGUCUGAACCCGCCGGGCUGGUAGCAUGGAUCCUGGAUCCUGGGGUGGAAUCCGCCUUCGCCGCCAAUGUCUCCAACCGAGACGCCAUCUUGUUCCCCUUGUGUACAGAAUAAAACACAACUAUCAGGACAACACAAAUAUACGAAGUGGCAAGAUUAAAUUGCCAAAUCAGGCAUAGCCGACCUGGCAAGAAUGUGAGCAUUACUACUCCGUCCUCACCUACGUAGUGGCCCAUCAGAAAUGGUGCACCGUCAGCGAUCAUCUUGGCAGCCUCGGCAUUUCUCUCUGACAGAAAAGGCAUCGCCCACUUCCGAAUCAUCUCCCCCAUUUGUUUUCAAACUGCAGUCUGCCGUUCACUGGGGUAACCCAGACCCACUUCUGCCUCCACCAUUGAAGGAGUCAGGGUAAGAUUUGGCCUCAAAUAAACGAUGACCGGCCCGUUGGGAAAUUGACAGAUAACCCUGGGUACUCAGAACCGCCAGGCUAGACAGAAUGAAAGAAAUGAAGGAAAAUAUUUUCUCUUCAUCUGGACAUUUGCCUAGGGUUCCCAAAAACGAAGGCGAAGUGCUAAUGCAAGAGCGGAAUUGCGAACGAGUUAUGCGAAGGAGUGGUGAACGUUUAUAUAACCUAAUAAUUAGGGCUUGCGAAUUGCCCCAAAACCGCUUGGGAACCAUAAUCAUAGCACUCGAGUACUGAAGGUAGAGUGGCGGAUUGGGAGCUAUGCUGGGCUGCAGGCUUGCGUCGAGCACGUGUUGCUUGCAUUUAAUGUGAAGCAGCGCUACAGUCCACCUAGAAAGAUUUGAAAUUUGAAACUGGUUAAACUGCUCAAUUUAUUCUCCCAAAAUCCAAUCCUGCUGAUUUUGGAGAGUAGGGGGCUCGUGAUGGUACCAUGGAUUCUGACCAUGGCCCAAUUACGUAGUCCAUCCCAUAACGGGACCAGCCCUUAACGAGAUUAGCCCAUAAACGGGAUCAAGCCUUGAAUGGGAUUCAUAUUGAAUAAGCCACUAGGCUUGCUUAGGGAUCAGGCCCGCGAUAGGAACCCACAACAGGCCGGGCUGGACAGCAGACCACGAGCUUGGGUGGAGUUCUAGUGAGGUUGGGAUAUUCCUAGGGUUUACGUGGUGGGUUAUCAUUUGAGCAUAGCUAUUUGGCAGCGGGUAGGAAUCAACAGGAAACGUAGAUUUGAAGGAGAUAAUCAAUGCACAAUGGCCGAGACGCUACAGGAGUUCUAUUCGAACUAAUGUAUGAUUAAUAGCAUUUAAUAUAGUAGUUUCCUCUUAGAAUACUAACUCCUAAAGUCUAUAAAUACUUCUUGUAAAUACUCUAGGAGGGGAUCAGUAAAUCGUUCUUCCGAAUGAUAAUAAUACUGCCUUACGCCGUCAUAUUUUGAUAUCGAGAAAACUGCUCUCCAUAGGAUCAAAUCAAAGGAACUUUACAAAAAUAGGACUGAGUUGUGUUUUUUCCAUGCGUAGGAUCUAUUUUGCACCGUUUUAGGAAACCUUAUUCUUGUCUUCUUUUUUUACCCUUCACAUUUUUACCUGCUCUGCUAUUGAGCUAUUAUCAGAACUUAUUGUCUGUUUAAUGACUAUAUAUUGUCUAUGUAUUGUCUGCUAUAAAGCUAUUAUCAGAACUUAGUGUCUGUAUAAUGACUACUUGUCUAUGUAUUUGCAAGUUCCCAAAGAAUGGUGUCAUUGAUCCUCCAUUUCACCGAAACCCCGCUUGCAUCACAUUGGAACUUUAGAAAUCAAAAUAUAGAAAUUGGUUAGAAGUAAACAAAUUUUGUCUGAGCAAAGACUCCCUGUCUGGGAUAGAUCAAGAUUUUAAGAAUAAUCUGAACCGGACACCACCUCAGCAGCUCAUUCUUCAAAAAAUUGCAAUCCCAAACGCGUAGAAGCAGAUAUAUAGCCGUCCAGCGGUGGCGAUCGCCGGAAAUAUGACAACGGAUGUCCGGUGGUGAGGUGCGAUGAGGGAGGUCUGAUGAUGGGGAGUUGGGGACCAGUGGUAAAGGUUUUGUUAUGGAAUUCGGAAGUAUGAUAGCAAGGUCCGGUGGAUUAGGUUCGAUGAGGGAGGUCUGAUGGCGGAUUCUAGCCAGCAGAUGUCUGAUAAGGAGUCUAGCAGGAGUGGAGGUCUGAUGCCGGAGUGCCAAAGUCUAUACGACGGAGUCCGGGAGCUUCUGCUUGCAGCAGCAGUUUAGGGAAUUUGAGGAGAAUUGGGAAAGUGAGGGAGAAGAAUUGCGUCAAACCAAUUUAGGGAAUUUGAGGAGAAUUGGGGAAGUGGCGGAGAGGAAUUGCGUUGGUAAUUUAGGUUGGAUCAGACGUGGUCUGCUACACAAUUUAAAAGCAAGAGCAAUUUGGUCAAAGGAGGUGCAUUUAAGUCUUACGCUAAUCUGUAAUCUUAAUUUCGGAAAAUUGGUAUGAUUAGGUCCUACUUGUUGAAAUCUCCUUUUGAUAUCUCUAGUAGAUUUAGCUCUCGUACUUGAAUUAAACUCCAUCAGCUACCAUAUUUAUAUUAUAUACACAUACAUAUAUAAUAUAAAUAAAACUACAUUCCAUCACAUAUUCACGCGUAUUCCUGGUGUAAAUUUCAUUACC